AUGUCCACUAAUAACGGUCCUGAUGGACCACUUCUCGAUCAAGGGCCAAAGCAAAAGGGGCAGGGCAUGACCAAGACCUUAUAUAACGUCCACCUAAGGCGCCAGCCUGCUAGAUUCUCCGGUUUUGUUGGUAAUCUGGUGUGUGUAUACAGUGUUCACAUCAAAAUCCACGUGCCGCACCUGAUCCACAAGCACAAUCACAAGCACACGAUCUACAAGAAAGUCCCAGUCCACGUAGGCGGCCACGAGAAGAAGCACGUGGUGAUCCACAAGCACGAUCACAACCACAAGCACAAGCACGACCACGGCCACAAGCACGGGCACCACCACAAGCACAAGCAUGGCCACAAGCACGGCCACAAACACCAGGGGAAGCAUCAGCACAAGCACGGUCACGACCACAAACACGGCCACAAGCAUGGUCACAAGCACGAUCACAAGCACAAGCAUUUGAUCAAAAAACAGCAUGGUUAUGACCAUGGCCACUAUGGAAUCGAGCCACAAGUGAACCAUUACGACAGCUACGCCAUAGAUCCUGUUAACUUUGAUGAUGAUGGUUAUAAAUCCAGUAAGAAGUCAGUGAGGAGUGAGCACUACGAGGUGGAGCAGAAGAAUCCUUAUGCCAUUUGGCCUGACGAGCAACACGUGGUUAAAGGGAGCUACAAGGUGCAAGAGACUGAUCCGUAUGACCUCACAACUACGUCAUACCAUGCGUAUGAUUCACCUGUAAGCAAAAAAAUUGCUCAGGCUCUCACAAAUUUCGACAGUUUCGGACGUACCAAUCUUCCCAAAGGUGAGGAUGAAAAUGGUUAUCAUGUGGAGGCUGAAGGACUUGAAGGAGAAGAAGAGGCUGCAGCUGAUCAUGAAGACGUUGAGGAGGACGAUGAGGGUAACCAAGUGCAGAACGAUGAGGGUUUGGCUUACCAGAAUUAUGAGGAUUAUGGGGAUAAUGAGGAAAAGGUGGAACAAUAUACGGCAGAUAGUAACCAUGGGGUUGCUGAUGGGAAUGGGGACGAGAAAUAUAAUUAUGGAACGGAGCAAGUUGAGAAGUAUGUUUUGAGGAAGGUGUAUGGUAGUGAACAUGGAUAUAGAUGA